AUGGGUAAAAGGAAAGACUCAUUUUGGGAGCAUGCACAGGAAAUAGAAAAUGGUCAUUUUACCUGUAAGUUUUGUCACGACAGUUUUUCUGGGGGUAUUUCAAGAAUUAAAUCACAUUUGUCUGGGCUUAGUGGCCGUGAUAUUCAAGUUUGUCCAAAAGUACCUGAAGCAAUUCAGUUAAAAGCAAAACAAGCAUUACAACCGAUUGACCCUCCCACUAAGAGAACUAAAAAUGUGGCAACAUCAAAUAAUUUUCUUAAAGGGGAAAUUGUUUCAGGUUCCUCAUCAUCACAUAUGCCAAAUAGAUGUAAAUUGGAUAAACAAUAUGCUACUCUCCUCAUCUCGGAUAGAAUUUGUUCUGAUGCCAUUUCAUCACCCCUCUUCAAGGACUUUUUGAAUGGCGUUGCUGAACAUGGUCCCGGUUAUGAACUCCCAAGUUCUUUCACUCUCAAAUCACGGGUGAUUCCAGAUAUCAAGAAAGAAGUUGAGGAAUAUGUGAAAAAUGUCAUAAAAAAUUCAGUUAAAACCGGUUAUACCUUGAUGAGCAAGAAAAGGUUCAGCCCCGUUGAAGAUGAUUAUAGUUGGGAUAUCUUUGCAUAUACACCAAUAGGAAUGGUGUUCGUGAGUCCACCAAUAUUGUUCUUCUCCAAUUUUGAAGAAACCAUGUCUAACGUCAUGAUGUUAUUUCGACCUGCAAAUGCAGUACAAUUUAUCAUUGAUGAUGAUGAUGACGACAAGAUAGAGCCUGACAAUUCAAUUGUGCGUAUCCUUACGAAAGAGUAUCCUCAGAUUUACCAGACCCCGUGUGCUACUCGUGGGAUUAGAUUACUCUUGCAAAAAAUAGCUCAUGUUCCUUUUGUGGAUAAUAUACUUAAAGUGGCGAGUUGGAUAGUUUCAUAUAUUUUCAAGCAUAAAGUCAAUGUGUCUUUGAGAAGAGUACACAAAACAAAAAGUGAUGUUGCUUCCCGUUUUUUCAACCUCAUAUCACUCUUAGAAGUUGAAAGUGAAUUUCAAGCUUUUCAUGUAUCUUUUGUAACGUUGUCUAGUGAUUGGGAGAAGCUACUUAAUGACGCGAAAGCAUACAAUGUUGCAAAGUUCAUUGAUUCAACCAUUCGUUGCAAAGAAUUUUGGAGCCGAGGGAAAACGGUAGAACAAAUUAUGAAACCACUAUUUCAAGUUCUUGAUCUGGUUCAUUGUGAUGGCCCAACAUUUGGAUACCUAUAUGAGAUGAUGGAAAGAGUACAAGAUGAAGUUAAGGAGUGUUGUGGCAGUAAUCGGGUCCUUUACGAUAAUAUAUGCAAAAUUUUAAAUGAAGUUCGAAGCGAUAUUAUUCAUCCAAUACAUGCAGCUGCUGCCUUUUUAAAUCCUAUUUACAUGUGUCGUGAGAAAUUUGAGGAGAAUGAUGAAAUGAUUGAUGGUGUAAAAAAGAUUGGGCAAAUUUUAGUUGGGUUGAAAGAGGAGGACGCUUUCAUGAGCCAAGUACAACUUUAUCGCAGUAAAGACCCAAACUUGUUCACAGAUCAAGCCAUGAUGAUCCUAAAAACAGCACAUCCUCGAGUAUGGUGGGAAUCUUGUGGCAAUCAUAUCCCUGUAUUACAAAAAUAUGCCAUUCAAAUCUUGGGUCAACCUUGUAGUUCUACUUUAUGCAAGCGACACGAGUUACGAGACUAUCGGUUAGAGGAUUGUGCAUUAAUGGUGAAUACAAUGAUGAUGGAGAGGUAUAAAUCCCUAGAAACACAAAUGAAAGAGCCAAUUAUUCUUGACAAACUUGGUUUUAAGAAUAAAUUGAUACAUGAUGGUAUUUUGCCUAACCCAGUUCAAGUCAUCCACCAUCUUAAGGUCACUUUACACUUUUAUUACUUGGCUGGCAAGUAUGCCGCUCUCCCAUCUUUUUGGCUUCCUCCUAUCUUUGGGUGGCUUAAAGGUGAAGUUUUUACUGCUAUUCUUGUUACUCAGCUAGCAGCUUCUACGGGUAUUGGAGAUUUUAUGCUUGAAGGGGAUGCUCUUCUAGUGAUUGUAGUUGUGAAUCAGCCUCAUCUUUUUUCUUCUUGGCAUUUUGCACCCUUAAUUUCGGAUAUUAGAUUAGAUCUUUCUUCCUUCCUUUCUUAG